UUCGCCAUCGAUUAUAUAUUUUUUAAAUUUAUGAAUCUGUGUUCUGUGUAAAAAUAUUAGAAAAAUAUUGAGACCUAAUAUUAACAUCUACUAUUAUUGUUUUUCCUGUGGUUAUACUAAAACUCCAAAGUAGUUUUUUUUUAAUUUAAAAUAAAAUAAAUACUAUGGCUAAUAAAGAAGACGGUGAUACCUUUGAUGAAAUGUACAUAAACCCAGAAGAUGGCAUGCCUAAUAUACACCCCAAUAUAGGAGAUUUAGAACAAGAAAAUGAUUUUCAAGAAGAAACAAACGAAUUCGAUGAUUUGCCGAAAUCAGUGAUCGUUACAAAUAUCCACACCAAUGUAUUUUCUGACGAAAAACUAAAAAAAGAGUUAGAAGAUCUUUUUCGUAAUUUUUCAGAAAAUAUUACAUUUCAAUGGCUUCGCAGUUUUAAAAGAUUGCGUGUUAACUAUGAUAGCCCGCUAGCAGCAGCGGGAGCGCGCCUCCAGCUCCACCAAUAUAAAUUUUAUAACUCUUGUAUAAAUUGUUAUUUCGCACAGCCGGUGACGCCGAUUUCAUUGAAAAAUUUAAAACCACCCGCUCCUGUAAAACAGUUCCUGAUUUCACCUCCGUCGAGCCCCCCAGUGGGGUGGGAGCCUCGUGAAGAAGGUGAGCCUAUAGUGAAUCCCGAUCUGUUGGCGGCUAUAGCAAGCCUGGCUCCUGGUGAGAGCCAUGAGCUCCAUGCACCAACACCCACUCAGCCAGCCAUCAUAGUGCACACAGCAUUCACAGCGGAACCCAACUCUGAAAACUGUUCAAGUCAACCUCUGCCACACACUCGUUGUCCAGACUAUUGAUGUUUUUUUAGGAAUAGGAUUUUUCAAUGUUAAUGCUUUUUAUUCCAUCAAUUAACAACAUGGUAAAUGGUUUUGCCAAAUAUACAUGUGUAUAUCUUUUUUGAAACAAGGUAUGAGAUUGUAAAGUUUUACUGCUAAUUGUAGAGCUUUUUUUUUCAAUAGCAUAAAGUUUAAAAAUUGUAUUGGUGCUAUUUUUUACAGUUUAACUUGUUGAUGAUUCUC